AUGUCGCGAAGUGAGGUCGAAGUGCUCAAGUCUGACAUGCCAACAGAGAUGAAGAAUUUCAUCAUAGAUCAGGUGGAUGAUACUCUGCGUGAGUACAAUGCCGACUCUAGCCGCCCUAUCAAGUUAGAAUCACUUGUGACUCAACUGGGCCGAACUCUCAAGCAGCGCUAUGAGGGCGUGUGGCAGGUGGUCAUUCUCACAGGCUCCUACUCCGCUUUCUCGGCCUACACACCGGAGCGUCUGUUCCACUUCAAAUUUGGCCGAUUUGUCGUUCUUGUGUGGCAAUCCUCUACCUACUAA